UGCAGAAGCAGGAGAAACCGUGGACAGUCACAAACCGCAAUCAGUUUCGGCUCCUGGAGGAUGUCUGGAACCACAGUCGAUCAGAGACCCAAAGGACAAGGAAAUAAAGUACAAAACGGAUCAAUGCAUCAGAAGGAAGGAGUAAAUGAUGAAGACUUUGAACCUUACCUAAGCAGCCAGACAAAUCAGAAUAACAGCUACCCACCAAUGUCCGACCCCUACAUGCCCAGCUACUAUGCUCCCUCCAUAGGCUUUCCUUACUCCCUGGGGGAGGCCCCCUGGUCCACCGCGGGGGAUCCCCCCAUGCCAUACCUGACCACCUACGGACAGAUGAGCAACGGCAAGCACCACUUUAUCCCCGACGGGGUGUUCAGCCAGCCGGGCGCCCUGGGUAACACCCCUCCCUUCCUCAGCCAGCCGGGUGCCCUGGGCAACACCCCUCCCUUCCUCAGCCAGCCGGGCGCCCUGGGCAACACCCCUCCCUUCCUCAGCCAGCAUGGCUUCAACUUCUUCCCUGGAAACGCAGACUAUUCCACCUGGGGCACCAGUGUCUCUCAGGGCCAGUCCACACAGAGCAACGCCUAUAGUAAUAGUUAUGGUUACACACCUAGUUCCCUGGGGAGGGCUAUAACUGACGGACAGGCGGGCUUCAGCAGUGACACCCAGCUCAGUAAGGUCCCGGUGCUGAGCAGCAUCGAGCAGGGCAUGACUGGGUUAAAACUGGGCACGGACAUGGGCGCUGCCGUCACCAAGACUGUCGGCUCACCCCUCGGGGGCACGUUGGGCAUGAGUAGUAUGGCGGCAAAUAACAUGCCUCCAUUGGUUAGUUCCUCUGCCCCCAAACCCACUUCCUGGGCGGCCAUCGCCAGGAAGCCGGCCAAGCCCCAGCCCAAGGUCAAGCCCAAAGCCAACAUGGGGAUGGGGACCCCUGCCAUUCCCCCACCACCCAUCAAGCACAACAUGAACAUUGGCACCUGGGACGAUAAGGGCUCCCUCAACAAGCCCCCCUUAGCUCAGGCCAUGAUGCCCCCUCAGACCAUGGUGCAGCAGACCCUGAUGGGCCAGCCCCUGCUACAGAGCCCUCUGCCCCACCAACACCAGCACCAGCACCAGCAGCACCACCAACCCUUUCAGCUGCAGUCCCUCCAGUCUCCCCAACACCCCCAGCAGAUGCCCCCAGGCCCCCCUCACCCCCACCAACACCCCCACCAGAACUUCUCCUCCCAGCCCGGCCCCCCUCAACCCAUGCAUCAACACCAACACCAACCCCCACCCCAGAACCGCUGGGUGGCACCCCGGAACAGGGGCACCUUCAACCAGGGAGGGGCGGAGGGCUUUGGGAUGGGUGUUGGUGGGGUCCCCCUCAGUGCCUCUCCCUGCUCCGGGGAGGUGCACCCCGUGUUGGAGAAACUGCAGGCCCUCAACAACUACAACCCCAAAGACUUUGACUGGAACCUGAAGAACGGCCGCGUGUUCAUCAUCAAGAGCUACUCUGAGGACGACAUCCACCGCUCCAUCAAGUACUCCAUCUGGUGCAGCACCGAGCACGGCAACAAGCGCCUGGACGGCGCCUACCGUUCGCUGGGGGCCAAGGGGCCCCUCUACCUGUUGUUCAGCGUCAACGGCAGCGGCCACUUCUGCGGCGUGGCUGAGAUGCGCUCGCCCGUGGACUACAACGCCUACGCAGGCGUCUGGUCUCAGGACAAGUGGAAGGGCAAGUUUGAGGUGAAGUGGGCGUUUGUGAAGGACGUGCCCAACAGCCAGCUGAGGCACAUCAGACUAGAGAACAAUGACAACAAGCCCGUCACCAACUCCAGGGACACUCAGGAGGUGCCUCUGGAGAAGGCCAAGCAAGUGCUUAAAAUUAUCACCACUUUCAAGCAUACCACCUCAAUCUUUGAUGACUUUGCACAUUACGAGAAGCGCCAGGAGGAAGAAGAGGCCCUGCGGAGGGAGCGGAAUAGAAAUCAACAGUAACUUUAAAGAGAACUCCCUGCUAGAGUUACAACACUAAUGACGUAGGACCUUAAAUAAUUAGCCUAACUACCCGGAAGAAAGGGUUUUGCCAUCUUUUCUGCUGAAGACAACAACAAAGACGACGUGAACACGACGAUGAACUCACCUGUAUCAGUUCUCUGGUGCAUCGAUCUACCCCAGUGUUCCUAUUGCUGAAGAAAAAUAAGGAACAUUACUCACUUUAAACUCUCUCUUUAAGCACUUUCAGUCCUCCUAAAACAGCCUCUACCAAUACCGUUUACUCUCUAAUAACUCUCUUAUAUCGCUCAUUCUCUCUGGACUUCUGUUUGUAAUAACUAACUGACUAACCAGUGUAGUUGGUUUUUCUGAAGAUUUUACCAGACUUGUAGUUUUUUUGUUUAGUUUCUUUAAUACCUCCAAAAUGUUGGGGAAGAAAAUGUGUGCUCCCCUCCCCCUUGAUGAACGUUAGCGCCUUCAGAAGAGAUUAAAAGAUAUAACAUGUAUAACAAAAUAUUUUACUUGAAUCUGCACUCGGCUUGUGAUUGAUUGACAGGUGAGAGGAACGACAGGAAACGGCCAUAAUCAUGCCAAUCAUUAGACGGAACCCCCUUACUCCAGCCCAUUUGUUUCUGCAUCUGUUUCUGUGUACCAAAAUAUGAGGUGGAGAUGUAGUGAGCUGGGCUCGGUGAACGCCAGUUAAUGCACAUGUUAGUUUUCUCUCUCGUGAUUAUUAUGUCAUUCUGAAGUGCAUUUGUCUGAGGAGAAAUCUGCUCCGCGGUAACGGUUGCCUUGGUAGCUGUCGGUAUCUUGUCUUUUUCUCUCUGACUUUGACGUACUGUACCGUACCUCAGGCCAAAGCUGGGGCCUGUUCAGGAGGCUGCAACGUUACACAACAUUCAGAUAGAAAAUGUGUUGUGUCGAAUAGAUAUGAUUCUUUGUCAUGUAGAUUAGAACAGGAAAUCGUUUUAGCUUUAAACAUUACGAUUCUAUCAGCAACAUUGUGCCACGUUUCACCUGACUGAACAGGCUCAAGGCUCUCUGUCUCUGAAGAACUCUAACGCUUUUGGGAUGACCCUCCUCCCUGGCGUUCCUGGGUCCAGGUAGAAGUUACCGCUAACCACAGAUCUGGGACCAGAUUUCCUACCCCACAUCCUAACCUAAACCAUUAGGGGGAUGAAAAUAUAUCUGGUCCUGGAUCAGUGGUUAGGGGUGACUUCAGCCUACUGCCCAUUGCUGCUUGGUUACAGAGAGGUUUCCCAAAAGCUGAACAUCACCAAGGAAGUGAGCGUUUUCUCCUCAAGGUGACUCACUAGUGAAAAAUAAACAUUACCCAUGUUUAGCAAAACAAA